UGUUUGGCACACAAUUUAAAUUUAGUUGUUUCGAAUGGUCUCUCUUUAUGGAAGAAACGGAAGGCUAAAAGGUAAUGAAUGGAGACAGUUUGAAAAGCAGUUUUCCGUUCAAAACAUUGAAGUAUAACCGAAAUCGUCAAAUAUUUUAUUUUUCCCGUAGGAAUAGAUGACUGAGGAUGUCCGCUGCAAUAAGAAUCCUCUGCACUCUUAGACGUAGCAUCGAGUUUCCUAGGACUGAUGUGGUAUAAUUCUGUGGAUCUCAGAGACCACUGUAACAUACGUUAUCAGCUACGCUGGGCAAUGUUUGUUUUCAUAAAGAAUCCAAAAAACCUUGUGCAAACCCAUUUAAUUGGAGAAGUAGCCGUUCCAGGCUAUCUUCAAAAAUAUUGUAAUACACACAAAAUUGAUUAAGAUCAUUUUAACACUUCAAGAUACACUCACUUUUAGUAUCACCUUCAAGAGUUUAAUAAAAGCUUUAAAACUAGUAAUAUUUUUCUUAACUUUUUUUGAAAAGCUUUAGAAGCAAGAAUAUUUUUUUCAAAUAAAUUGUUUUCUCUUCUCUCAUAGCACUAGUUCUGUAACCGCAACAACGAGUCAAGACGAUGUUCGUGAACAAUCAAUUGCGGACGAUGAUGAAGUGCAGGAUGAUUUGGAAGAUAGCAACGAGGAUAAUGAGAGUGAUUGCUCCGUUGAAUCUAGAGAUGAUAAAUCAAUAAAUAUUCGCAUCGUUAAUCCAGAAGUAUCAACGGACAGUAAUGAUGGAAGUAUCGACGAAGAACAACAACAAUUACACACAAAUGAUCAAGAAGAAGAAAUGACAUCUGGAGAUCCAAAUGAAAUAAUGUCAAAAGUAAAUCAUCUGAUUACUCAGACACGUUCGAUGGUUAACUUCAUCCGUAAAUCUAGUAUAAUUGAUGCCUACGUGCGUGAGCAAAUUAAAAUAAA